GACGCUGCGCGCGGCAGGUUCGAAGCGCGGGCGCGGCCGGAGGGCUGAGGCUGCUGCGGUGGCGGCGGCGGUGGCGGCGGCGUGGGGCGAGAGGCGGCGGCGGCCGCGGUCCGGCCCGGUCCUCUCGGCUUCCGGCGGCGGCGCCAUGGACGAGGCCGUGGGCGACCUGAAGCAGGCGCUGCCCUGCGUGGCCGAGGCGCCGACCGUCCAUGUGGAGGUCCACCAGCGGAGCGGCAGCACUGCAAAAAAAGAAGAUCUAAAGCUGAGUGUUAGAAAGCUCCUCAACAGGCAUAAUAUCGUGUUUGGCGAUUACGCGUGGACUGAGUUUGAUGAGCCUUUUCUGACCAGAAAUGUGCAGUCUGUGUCCAUUGUUGACACGGAAUUAAAGGCUAAAGAUCCACAGCCCAUUGAUUUGAGCACGUGCACCAUUGCACUUCACAUCUUCCAGCUGAAUGAAGAUGGCCCCAGCAGUGAAAAUCUGGAGGAAGAGACAGAAAAUAUAAUUGCAGCAAACCAUUGGGUGCUGCCUGCAGCUGAAUUCCAUGGGCUUUGGGACAGCCUGGUGUAUGAUGUGGAAGUCAAAUCUCACCUCCUUGACUAUGUGAUGACAACUUUACUGUUUUCAGACAAGAAGGUCGACAGCAAUCUCAUCACCUGGAACCGGGUGGUGCUGCUUCAUGGUCCUCCAGGAACUGGAAAAACAUCCCUGUGUAAAGCUUUAGCCCAGAAAUUGACCAUCAGACUCUCAAGCAGGUACCGGUAUGGCCAGUUAAUCGAAAUAAACAGCCACAGCCUGUUCUCUAAGUGGUUUUCAGAAAGUGGCAAGCUGGUAACUAGGAUGUUCCAGAAGAUUCAGGACUUAAUUGAUGACAAAGAUGCUCUGGUGUUUGUGCUGAUUGACGAGGUGGAGAGCCUAACGGCCGCCCGCAAUGCCUGCAGGGCGGGUGCCGAGCCUUCGGAUGCCAUCCGCGUAGUCAACGCCGUGUUGACCCAAAUCGAUCAGAUCAAAAGGCACUCCAACGUGGUGAUCCUGACCACUUCCAACAUCACGGAGAGGAUCGACGUGGCCUUCGUGGACAGAGCUGACAUCAGGCAGUACAUUGGGCCGCCCUCCGCAGCAGCCAUUUUCAGAAUCUACCUCUCCUGCCUGGAAGAACUGAUGAGGUGUCAGAUCAUAUACCCUCGCCAGCAGCUGCUGACCCUCCGCGAGCUGGAGAUGAUCGGCUUCAUUGAAAACAACGUGUCCAAGUUGAGCCUCCUUCUGAGUGAAAUUUCAAGGAAGAGUGAGGGCCUCAGCGGCCGUGUCCUGAGGAAACUCCCUCUUCUGGCUCACGCUCUGUACAUCCAGGCCCCCAGCGUCACCAUCGAGGGCUUCCUCCAGGCCCUGUCUCUGGCCGUGGACAAGCAGUUUGAGGACAGGGAGAAGCUCUCGUCGUGCGUGUGACCUGGCGCCCCCGUCUGCGUUCUCGGUGAGCGCACAGCAGGGAGGCGACAGGCUUCUCUCACAGCAGCGCCCGCCCGGCAAUCUCCGAGCCCGUGGCUGAGCCUUGCCGGCCAGAAACCCACAGACCGGUGGUGUUCAAGAAGCGUGUUAUAUUUACGUACUUUUAAACGCGUGUUAGAAGACAAACAGCCUGUCGUUUUCUCUGUUUUAAAAGACGAUCAUCUGAGCUCUGUGUCUCUUUGUAGAGAACCGUCUAGAUGUCCUUAUUCUAGCCUGGCUCCAGUUGAUUGGGCCCAAAAUGCUGACAAGUUUUGUUUAAAAAAGAUGACUAAUGUAAGUUUUAUAGAAGCGAAGCAGAAACUACAUUGCCUUAAAUAAGAAUGUAAUCAUAGCAUUAAAAGAGAAGUACACAUCACUCAAGGCAAGGCAGCAUUUGCUUCCUGCUGUGAGCUUGUUUGGUUUAGUGCAGACAUUUCGGAGACUGAUGACUAGGAAAAACCUGUUCCUAUGUUAACAGAAAUCGAGAAGAAAAUUCUAGGGCAGGUGCUCUUCUCAGUAAGCAGACAGGCUGCACUUGCAGGGGAGGAGCAGCUGACGCGGGGCAAGCCUCCCUGGUGUCCAGUGCAGGCCGGCAUUUCGGGGACGUUUCACGGUCAGUCACGGCUCAAAUGCAGAUUGAUGUUAACAGGUGUAAAAUACAUUGGCCAAUAAUGGAUGUAUUCCACAGAAUAUCGUGUUUGUUGCUUUCAUCUCAUACUAAAAUAAAUUUCAUAUUAGUGUUUCGUAUACAUUUUUAAAAGAACACGUUACCUUUUGUCACAGAACUUCUUAAGUAUUAAAAUUGUUUUUCCAAAA